AGUUGUUUAAAAUUUAUAAAAGUUCGUAGACUUAGAGGUCCAGGAAUAGUAUAUUAUAGAGGUGAUGGUUGUUAUUCAGUAUUAGGUAAAUUACCUACUGGUCAACCUCAACCAAUUAGUUUAACACCUAAAUGUUGGGUUUAUGGAAUUGUAGAACAUGAAACUCUUCAUGCAUUAGGACUUGAUCAUGAAAUGAGUCGAAGAGAUAGAGGAAAAUAUAUAACAUUACAUUUGGGAAAUGCAUUUGAUGGAUUUGGAGAAAUUGUUGGUUAUCAGCCAUCAUUUUUAACAUAUAAUUUAAAAUAUGACUAUGGAUCAGUAAUGCAUUAUAAUCGUGUUUCAUCUAGUGUUAAUGGAAGAAUUACCAUAUCUACUAAAAAUGUUCAUUAUUUAAAAACAAUUGGUCAAACACAUGCUGCAAGUUUUAAUGAUAUAAAACUUUUAAAUUUACAUUAUUGUAAUGAUAUCUGUAAAAGAAAAUUAAAUUGUUCUAAUCAUGGAUAUACAGAUCCUAAAAAUUGUAAUGUUUGUAGAUGUCCUACAUUUUUUACAGGAAAACUAUGUAGACAACUUGUUAAAUCACAAGCAGGUUGCCCAAAUCAAGAAUUAAAAGCUAUUGCACAACCAAAAACAUUAGCAAUUAGAGGAAAGAAAAGUUGUAUUAUUCGAAUUACUGCACCAUUAAGAUCUAGAAUAAGAUUAAGAAUUAAUAUUUCACAAUUUACACUUUUCAAAGUUUGUGAACCAUUUAAAGGACUUGAAGUUAAAUUUUUAAAUGACAAAAGUGUUGCUGGUGCAAGAUUUUGUGGACUUGAUAGAAAUAAAAUAAUUUUAUCAGAAGGUAAUACUGUUAUUUUACAUUAUAGAGGUAUGAGACCAAUAGAUAAAGUUAAUAUUGUAUAUCAAACAGCUAAUUAA